CUAACAGGUGAAACUGCCAAAGCCGUAAAACGUGCUCAGUCGUAUUUCUGCUUCCAAGAGUGCAUCAUCUCCACUUCACGAGUGUAUGUUUCUGAAUCACAGAGAUUCUUCUGGUUUUCGACGUACGCCGCCUUCGUUCUGCGUCUAUUUGCUGCCAUCACCAACUAUUUUUCAUUUGAUUUCCUAUACCGUCACCAACCGUCUGGUCGCUCCUUUGCUGUCGUGGCCAACUAUCUUGCUGUUAUUUCGUUGCAAUCACGCGAGGUUUUUGCAUAUCUGUGGAUCCCCAACAGAGAUGCUUCCUUUAGCGAGUCAGAACCUCCAAAUUUACAUACAAUUCCUUCGCCACCAAAUGUAAACAAAAGUAUCCAUGGUCAUCAAGGUAGCGGAAGACCACCGAAGUCCGUGAAGAAAUCAAAUGUCAUUCAAACCUCACAGGAAUUGUGUAACGCUGGCACAAGAAAAGACAGUGGCAACACUCCAGUGUUUCGCCAUACUCAACAAACAAGCCAAGAUACUGCAAUAUGGUCUUUUUCUGAUCGUGGCCAUAGUACUCUGGGUGACGAAGAAUUGUUACCUAUGGGUCCUAGAGCAACGCAAUAUCACGGUACAAGUAACGAAACUACAAUGUCUUACGACCAGAACAGUGAACCGGAACUGGCGGAAUGUCAUGCCCCAGACAACCAAUUGGGCUUGAAUUAUUUCCGUCAGCAAUCUAGUCAGCAUCAGCAGCCUCACAUUCAACCUGGCCCAUCUACUGAAAUGAAUUUCCGCCAACAAUCGAAUGGACAUGGUGGUCGUGGUGGUGGCACUUUGCAACAGCAGCUAAAUCUCCCUGGCCCGUCUUCCGGAAAGAAUCUCCGGCAACUACAAGAUACUAAUUUCUUUGAUGCAGCAGAAACACAAGCAUUUCCUGCUGAAGCGUGCAAUGGAAACAAGCGACCGCAACUAAGUCAGAAACCGCGUCACACUGCAUCAGAAGUGUCGACACAGGAUUCCUUUGUUGGACGAUCGUCCAACAAAGAAAUCCUGCGGCAACCACGCAAUCUUAACGAAAUACCAAAUGCAGUAUUUCAGGACUACGUGAAAAGAAGUUUGGAAUUUUUGAAAAUUCACUGUAGAGAAAUGUCUGCCAAAAUCGACGAUCUCUUGGAAUCUAGGCCAAAGCCUUGUAUUUGUACUAUCCAAAGAAUGGAGGACAACGAGGAACAAUUUAAUUUGCCUAUGGAGUCUUUUGCUGCUGUCGAAGACAUGGAAAAAACGAUGGGGGACCAACAAACUCGGCAGCAAAUGAUUCUAAUAUUACUCCGAUUGGGUGGAGUUUCCCUCCAGAAAACAGUUUACUCUAUAAUGGAAAAGCUUUUUACCUGCGAAAUCGGAAUGCACUACACUUGGACCGGCAAAUCCACAAAAGAGUUCGAAAAAGAAAAGUUUUCUGAUUUAAAAAACAUUUAUGCUGCUAUCUGUGGGGCCGUUCUGGGCAACAAAGACCUUUCCAGUGACGAGAAAACAUCCGUUAAGAUACAGUUCCAAGUGACAGAAUGGCUUCGUCAUUGCCGACAAAAUGUUAUUAAAAGAAGAAUAAGUUUCUGAAAUUAAAUAAACAUUUUCAAACAAAAAA